AUGGAUAACCCAAACUUUGGAUCAUCUCAUUUAUCAUCACCAGCACUUGUGGUGUUCUCACAAGCUGCAAAUGGAUUAAGUGAUGCACUUCGACUUCAAAGGCCAUUUCACUCGCAACUUCAAGAUGCAAAAGAUUUACAUCAUUUAUCAUUGGUCAGUAGUUACGGAACUCAUCUACUGCAUGGCUUUCAGCCACAUUUCCUACAUCAACACUUAAAUCCGGCAGUAUCGUCUGCAAAUUCUAGUCCAUUCGGAAGUGGCGGUGCUUUUGUGAAACCAUUUCCUUCGAAUCUUUCUUUGCCUUCUGCAUUUGCACCACCAAAGUGUUUAGGUUUUGGUUUAGAUCAAUUCUCCAAAUUCAAGGGCUUACUGUUUGGCUCGGGAAAUAAUGCUCCGUCAACAAACGGUGGCAGUGAAUCAUUUCGAACUGAUUCGUCUAGUCCUGCCUGUGCUUCAUUGUCACCACCAGCCAAAGAUGAAUCAAUGGAGGGACAAACAAGCGAAGAAGGAGACCGUGAUAGACUUUGUAGUCCAACUCGAAGUCCCGAGACACCAGGAUUUCGAAGAAUUGGUCCUAAAAAACCUUUACAUGUUGGUGCAACGUCAGCAACAGGUCACAAUUCAUGUCCAAUUUGUGGCAUUCAAUUAUCACCCGAUGAGUUGGAAUCACAUUUUUCAGCCGAGUUAGGUCGAUUGGCUAAACCAAACAUGUACAACGAACGUCAAGAGAUACGAAGAACUCUCAGCAUGGAACUACAUGCUGUGCAAAGUAGUUUGCAGAGUCGAAGUAGUAGAUGGGAGACAUUUCAACGAAUACGAGUCAAUCGUCAAGGUCGAUUGCGGGGAAAGCUUCGAAAACGAAAAUUUGAAGAAGAAGCAUACGCUAAUAUGACGUGUCAAUCAUGUCCGGUUUGCCAUGGUCGUUUGCAGCGAACGCAAGAAGAAAUUGCACAGCAUAUCGAGGAGUGUGUUCGUAAGCAAAACAGUCAAACACAAAUACAAGAUGAAGAUGAGACGGUUGAUGUUGAGAGCUAUGGUGAAGAGACAUCAAAUGGUGCUAUAAAUAUGACGUCACAAUUAUACAAUAAUAAUAAUAAUUCCGUAAAUAACAACAAUAAUAAUAGCAAUCAAGUAAUAAAUAACAAUAACAACAUCAUAAUGCAUAAUAAAAUUGACAAAACAACUCCAGAAGAUCACACGAUAACAUCGCUGAACCGCACCACCGCAAAUUGGGAUCAUAAAAGUCGCAUGUCUUUAAACUUGAGUUGCACUCAGAUUAAUGAAAAUGGAAUCACAAGAGUGACGCCAACAAGCAGCGAUCAGAGAAUCACUGAUGUUGAGUACGAGUUGGACAAUGAUCGUGACCGAAGUCAAGAACGAAUGAGUGAUAAUGAAGAAGAAGUCAUUGUUGAUAAUACUGAUGAUGAGAAUGACUGCGGUAUGAAGAGGAAGCAAUCUCAGCCGUCGGCUCAGCGACUUGUCAACGGAUUACGAGAGAUGAAGAAAAGCACUGAAGAAGCGACUUCAAGUGUUGAAAUUGAUUCGGCGACGGAAUCAAAUAAUCAAAUAAUCGCAAGAACACCGAAUGAUACAACGCCGAAUUCUGACUCUUAUGUCAGUACAUCUGAGGCUAUUGAACCGCCGGCUUCUAAAGCUCAAGUUCUUGAAGAACUUAAAGCGAGAAUCAGAGAACUUGAAGGUUCACCUCACUACAAGUGUUUCAUAUGUAAGGAAAAAUGUAAAACAUUUAUAAUCUCAACGAUAUGUGGUCACUAUCUCUGUGAAGAUUGUUGGAUAACAGUUUCUGAUAUCGAGAAACAAUGUCCAAGAUGUAAGAUUGCAACAUUAAAUAUCGACUUUAGAAAAAUAUCAUGUUUGAAUUAAUGACGUAAUUUCAAGAAUCUUCAUCUCUAAACAUUGAUAAAAUAAUUUUCUUUUGUUAUAAAUAUUUAAACAAAUUGUUAUGUGCAAUUGACCACUUCAAAUUUGGUUGAAUUUUUCAUGUACAUAAAUAUUUCUAGCACAAUCAAUUUCUUCAUUCAAUCAUAAAUUUGUAAAGUUCGAGCUUUUCUUUUCCUCUCUAAUUGCACUUUAAAUUGAAUAUCACGUUUAAUAUUUGUGUAAAUUAUUAAAGAAAAAUUAAUAAAACAUUAUAGAGA